AUGUCGUCUGGACAGAUGACGCCAGAGAGCCGCAACGGCCGGCCACAUCAUGGCCACGGCCAUGCCAAUGGCACGGCCGCCAGCGGCACCACCAGCACCACCAACAGCAAGAACACCCGGCGGCCGCAGCAGGAGUGGGCCCAGAUCAACGACUGGGAGGUGCAUCGCGAGCGCAUCACGGAGCUGUACCGCGACCAGGGCCUCCACCUCAAGCAGGUGCAGAAGAUUAUGGCCGAGCAGUACCAGUUUUAUGCGAGCCAGCGCAUGUACAAGACGCGCAUCAGCAAGUGGGCGAUUGACAAGAACUUGAAGGCAGCGGACGUGGCGGCGCUGCUGCAGCUACAGCAGCAGCGGGCGGCGCAGGGCAAGAAAUCACGGUUCACGAUCCGCGGACGGGAGAUUGACUUUGCACGGGUGGACCAAUACCUGAAGCGGGACCCGACGCUGCUGAAGCGGUCGCAGGAGGCCAGCAAGAACGGAAACGGCGACGACCUGUUGGGGGACCUGCUGCCGGGCCACAUGGAGGCGGCCGGCAUCACAUGCCGGACCCCGUCGCCGACACCGCCGCCGUCGCCAUCGCCGCCGAUGCACACCCAUGCACAGUACGCUCCCUAUGCCCCGUAUGCCCCGGCGCAACACGGCCAUGGACAGCAGCACCAAAAUGUGUACGGGCAUGGCGGCCCUGGUGGCCAUGGCGGCCCAGGCCACCCGCUGCCACAUCACUCGUACGGUCACCCGCACUACCAGAAUCAUCACUUUGGCUCGCUGGCGUCGUCGACGGUGCCAAUCGUGCCGUCACACACACCCAUGCCGGUCAUGGGCGUAACAACGGCGGGCUCGGCGUUUCCAACGCUAACGUCGCUGUCGUCUGCGUCCUUCUCGACGACGCAAAGCCAAGGAACCACAGCGUCCACGAUGUCGACCAUGUCGACCAUACCAUCCAUUAGCCUGCCGACGUCGACCGUACCGUACUUGCCAAUGGCAUCGACGCAAUCAGCAAACGCCUUCGACCAGCAGCAGCAGCAGCAGCAGCGUUCGCUUUCAACCAGCUAUGACAGCCGCCGCAGCAGCUUGGCCCACCCGCCGCCGCCGCUUUUGACGUCUGUGUCGGUGCCGCAGAGCAGCGUGCCGAGCGUUGUCUCGCCGCCGUACGCGUCUCCCGUGUCGACCGUCCAGGACGAGCUGGCCCGGCUGACACGCGAGUAUGUCGUGCAGGCGCUCCAGCACGGCAAGUGGGUGCAGAAGACGGGUGGCGUGUUUGUGUCGACCAAGAUGGAGGCGGCACACGACCAAGAGACGGCCGCCGACCGACUGGCGGCCUGGGGCCGCGAGAUGCGCGCGGGCCGGCGUCUGAUCGCCGACGGCGUGCUGGACAAGGGCUUCGAGAGCGUCAACCGCACAAUGGACAGCCUGCGGCAGCACCUGCAGGACGAAGACCCGUCGCUGCUGUUUUAUCUGCUGUACAGCACGGCCUUUGGCGUGCAGUGCUCGCUGGACCCGCCCCGGGCGCACGGCAUGGCACGUGACAGCACGGCGGCGCUGCGACAGGUCGGCGUGGCCCUCGGCAGCCACGUGCGCUCGCUGACGCACAUUGUGCUCGGCGAGACGCACCCCGUGUCCCGCAUGAUGCGUCUGCUGGUCGCCCGCGACGGCCAGCUGCGGUCACCCGCGCACGCGGCGGCGCUGCCUGUGCCCCUUGCCGUGAUGCGCGAUCUGCUGGCCGAGCGUGACCCCGUGGGCGUCCACCCGGCGGCCGCGCCGCAGUGCCAGCGGCUGGCCCACCUGCUCAGGCUCGAUCCUGCUUCCAAGGCAACACCCGCAACGGACGCCGAGCGCGAUGAGCUGACGGAACGGCUGCAGGGCGCACGGAACAUGCACACAAAGCUGCAGUUUUACAGUACAUACAUGACGUUCUUGUCGGAGCUGGUGCAGCAGCAGUACCAUCCAGAGGAGCGUGAGUCGACUGUAGCCCCAGCUGCCGGCUUGUCUGGCUUGCCGAGCGUGUCUGGCGUGUCUGGCGUGUCUGGCAUGUCUGGCUUCUCUGGUUUGUCCGGAUUGUCUGGCUUGUCCACACUGACUCCGACGUAUUCGGCGGCCUCGGACAGCGGCACAACGCCCGAGAGUGCCUAUACCACGGCGUCGACCACGACGGCAGCCUACAGACAUCUCCCCAAUGUCAAUGUUCACCAGCAGCAGAGAAAGCCUUCCGUUGUGCACGCGUCCCACUCUCGUUCCCCACUGUCGGCCACGUCCGUGUCGGCGGCUUCGUCGCUCGCCAACUCGCCGUCAUCGCACGCUGUUGCAGUCCCCAUGCCUGCCAUGUCCAUGUCGGGCGUCUCGGUCUCGUCGGCUCUCAUGCCGCAGACGCCGGCUAUUUCGACGCCGCGAACUAUGGUCACAGGCGCAGUCCAGCACAGUUACGGUCAGGGCCACGCCCACAACCAACAUGGUGACAGCCAGCACGGCAACGGCCAGCAACGUCACUCCCCUUACACGGUGCAAUCGCAUGCAUCGGCCUACCCGCCCGUCCCCGUCCCCUCGACGUUCCACACGCACGCGCCCGCACAAACCAACACACACAACGGGAGCAACCCGGCGGCAAUGAUGACGGCCGGCGGUUUGCACAAUCCCGGGUCGAUGUCGAUGACGUGGGAGCUGGGUGAUGCGGCGAAUAUGAACUUGAUGUAG